AUGUCGCAAACGGCGUAUGACUUUAUACUUUCAAAUUGCCCAGACGUAAACUCGGCGUUUAAUUUAGUUCAAAAAGCAGUCACGGAACACGUGAAAACGUCUCAUUUAGUGCUUCCCACAAACAUCGAUGCCUUAGACAUUGAUACGGCCAUCUUGAAACUACACGAGUGUGUCACCACGGAGGAAGUGAGUGAAGAGAACUGUCUUUCUGUAUCUCGACAGAUCAAGAAGACAUUAGCGCUCCUCAGCGAUAUGACAGAUCUUUUAAAUGCAGCACAGAAAUUAUGUGAAAAAGAUGGAGAGGACAUCGUCGUGUUCCGCAACAUCGUUUUGCAAGAGAUCAUCACCCGAGAAAAACGACGAAGCGACGAAGAACUGAAAAUGAACACAUUCCGGAAAGCGCAGAUCCGCGACGAGUUCGAGUCGAAAAAGGACAGACUGACAUUGCUUCGCAAGAAAUCGAUCUUCGUCGAGAACGAGACGCAAGAACAUCAUGAAAAUACUCAAACAGAGAAUAUCUCCGAACAACGACGGGAGAUGAGUAAACCCUUUCAAGUUGAGAUUAUCAAAACAAGUAAAAAUGAACGAACAACUCAAUUAGAGAAGAAGCAAAAACAGGAGAACGAUGAGAAAGAUACAGAUGACAUCGAGUGCUCUUCGGUGUCUGACGCUGUACCUCACAUCAAAGAAAGACAAUUCGAGAUCACUCAACUCAUCAAAGAAAACGACACAACGGAGAUUUUCAACCAAAACGACAAGAACAAAGAGAUGGAAGACAUUAGAAAAAACACUGAAAAAAAAUUUGACCAAAAAAUUAACAAAAAUUCCUACAAAAACGAAACAAAAGCGAAAAAGGAAGACGACUCAAGUGAGAUUAUCACUGUAAUACUCCAAAACGAAAGUGAUCAAUCAGAAAAAGAAGAAAAAUCGGAAAAAGAAGACGAAGAAGAAAAAGAAGAAGACGUGUCACAAUCUCCCGACAGAACGACGAGAAAGCCAUGUAUGAAAUCCCCGAAGAUUCCACUUCUUGUUAUCAAAGGCCAACAACCGGGGAGUGGGCACAAGGCGGUCAAAGUAUAUAAGAAGACGUUUUACCCGAAAAUCUCAUCUAAAAAUCUCCGGAAUUACAAGAAGCCCGAGAUCCCCGAUAAGGAUGAGUUCCCGGCGAAGGGUGAGAUUGUUCCGGACCUUCAACCAGAAGUGAAGAACAGUGAAAUUCCAAUAAUGACUGACGCCGAGUCUUCUCAAAUUGAAGAGUGGAGUGGGAAGAGAGUUACUGAGUGUGUGUUUGAUGUUUGGCGAGACAAGUCGAAGUAUUGUAGUAAGAAGUUAGUGAGCCGGAUAGGGGAGUGCGACGAAUUUGUUGUUGUGAUGUCCGGAGAGGGUAGUUUGUUUGGUGUUGUGAUGCACGAGAAGGUAGAUAGAGAUGGACAGUACUUUGAAGAUAAGAAGUGCUUCUUGUUCUGUCUUCGUGAGAAUGGAAAUGUAAGAACACGGAAGUACAAUAUCAAAGAAAAAAUGAGUAAUGUAGCGUUUAGUAUCGGAAAGGUCUCCGGGAGAAACUUCUUCGAGAUGGGAGACGGAGAUGUAAAGAUGUGGAGAGGAAGAGAUGAUAGCAAAAUGCUUUGUAAAUGUAAACAAAACGCUUUUAAAUAUCAAGAAGUGGGUGAGACAGUAUCCGGAAAGGAAGAAAAUGAAGAACUCGUUGUCGAGCGCUUUGCUGUGUUUAAAUUGGAGUGA